AUGGAUUGGAAGGUUAUUGAACCAUACCCAUUGGUUCGGGUGAUGGUGGAAUGUGAUGCUCCGUUGAUCCGACGGAGGGAGACAGUCUCCGAUACUGGAGAACUUAUUGUGAUUCGAUUUGAGUAUUUGAAGAUCCAAAACUUUUGCAAGAGAUGUCAAAGGCUGUCCCAUGACACUCGGGUAUGCCCUGAGCGAGUUGGAGCCCAGAAGCAGCAACGAGACUCUCACAGGGACUUGAACCAGCGCCGAGAUGCGGAGGAAGACCGACGGAGGAGAAAAGCUCCGAGAGCAUAG